AUGAGCGCCAUUGACUGGGAGCACGUGCCUGACGAGGAGCUCGAGGAAACUUUGUGGGAAAGAUUUGAAGGUCUUUCGGAGAUGUUUCCAUCAUUUCUUCAAAAGUUCGUCACCGGUACUGUCGACUGGACGAAGUGGUCGGCUUCAACUGGGUUCUGGCUUACAAGAAAUGCCGUCUGGAUAGCUGCUACAUCGUCACUGAUUCUCUUCAUGCCGUACAUCAUUGAGAAAGAACGAAGCGACCUUGAAAAGACACAGGUUGCUCAACAACGUCAGCUUCUGCUCGGUCCAGCCGCCGCCGUCCAAGCUGCCAAGUCGCCACAACAACAU